CCUUCAACCAUCCAUACAAAUCUCUGAAAGUUAGAAGCUUCUUCCCAACAAUAAUGGGUCCUCAUUCAUGGCUUCUUAGGUUCAUAAUUGCAGCUACACUCACUGCAAUUUGCAGAACAGUUGAGUCCGGCAUAUGAAGCUGAUAGGAUCCUGAAGCUGCCAGGACAACCAGAGGUUAGUUUCCAGCAGUACGCCGGGUAUGUUACUGUUGAUGAAAUCCAACAGAGGGAGCUCUUCUACUACUUCGUCAAAGCUGCGACCAACUCUCCAAGCCUCUCGUUUUGUGGCUCAAUGGAGAUAUCUACUGAAGUUCAGAUGAUCAUUAAGUUGUUAUAUAACUGCUGUCAUGAUUUCUUAUGUGGGUUUCUGAGCUAUUAGGACCUGGUUGCUCUUCAGUUGGAGCUGGAGCUUUCUCUGAACAUGGCCCUUUCCAGCCAAAUGCCGCAGGGGUUCUGGUCCAUAAUGACUACAGUUGGAACACAGAAGCAAACAUGCUCUACUUGGAAUCCCCAGCAGGAGUUGGAUUCUCGUAUUCUGCCAACACCUCUUUCUAUACGUUGGUCAAUGACUCCAUAACAGCAAAAGACAGCUUGGUUUUCCUACAAAGAUGGCUAGUCAAGUUUCCUGAAUAUAACAACAGAGAUCUCUUCAUCACCGGAGAAAGCUAUGCUGGUCACUAUGUCCCACAGCUAGCACAGCUAAUUGUGGAGUCGGGAUCAAAUCUCUGCUUGAAAGGCAUCACUAUAGGGAACCCGUUGUUGGAGUUCGACACAGAUUUCAACGCCGAAGGACAUUUCUACUGGUCUCACGGCUUGAUAUCAGACCAGACUUAUCACCUUAUCAAUACAAUCUGCAAUGUCUCCCAGAUCAUGAGAGAAAGCUGGUCAGGCAACUAUUCCAAGCCAUGUGAAAUGGUUGCAAAUCUGAUUAACGCAGAAUGGGCCAGCAGUAACUUGGACGGCUAUGAUGUCACUUCUGAUGUCUGUUUGUCUGAUGGUGAAACACAGUUGGGUUCCCAGAAACAACAUUCUUCGUUAGCUUCUAGUUUCCAUCCAGUUUCGUCUCUCAAAUCCGUACAACGUGCUCCCAGAAAGAAAGAAGCUGGUGGAGAGUCGAUAGACCUUUGUGUACAAGAUGAUACUUACACAUAUUUAAACAGGAAAGAUGUCCAUGAAGCUAUGCAUGCCAAGCUUGUUGGCCUAAAUAGUUCUUGGAGUUUCUGCAGUCAGGUGAUGAAUUAUGAUGAAUACAAUCUAGAGAUACCAACAAUUGGCGUGGUGGGCUCAUUGGUGGGAUCGGGGAUUCAAGUACUAGUGUACAGCGGGGAUCAAGACUCGGUUAUCCCCUUCAUCGGGACGAGGCAUCUUAUGAAUCGUUUGACAACGGAGGUGGGAUUGAACACACCCGUGCCAUACAAGGCAUGGUUUGAUUAUGACAAACAGGUGGGGUGGAUGGACACAAGUCUAUGGGGAGAACAAUCAGUUGUCAUUUGCAACCAUUAGAGGAGCCUCUCACAUGGCUCCAUUCUCCUCUCCCAAGAGGUCACUCGCAUUGUUUGCAGCAUUUGUUGCUAGGAAACCAUUGGCAACUUGAUCUACCUCUACCAUCAAUCAUGGAAAUCCCAAAUUGUAAAAAGUUCAAUAAUUUUCCAUGCAAGGGAACCAACUAAGCCAAUACAUGUAUAGAAUGAAU